UGGUUAGAUAGCUUUCUGUUGCUUCUCUGGGCCAGCACAUGCCUUCAUUCUUCAGUAGCAUGGAAGGAGGACGACAGCUAGGUUUAGUUCAGGAAGUCUUGCUCAGUAUUUCCUUAUAUAGAAGCUGCAAAUACAAAAGGCCCCUGGUCUGUCUUCCUGUAAACAGUUCCUCUACACAACCACACAUCUGUAAAAGAGGCGUGCUCUGAAAUCUUUGUUUUGGUCCAGUUGGUCAGAUGAAGUGUGAGUGUGAGACCUAUAGUGGUCCUGGCUUGUAGGAUCAGGAAAUGCUUCCGUUAUCCAUCCACCAAUCAGAAGUGGACGGGAUAUGAGUAAUAGGAAGUGGUGGUACUCUGCUGAUGAAUUUUUUUUCUUCACUGUCUCUCUAGUGGUUACUUGAAGAUUGUAAUCAGCACUGUCAGAAGUAACAUGGCUGGAAGUUUUUUGACCAAAAAUGUUUGAUAGAUUUAGUUGAUGGAGCUUGUAUCCCUAGGGGGCAAGGCCAAAAUAACAAACAUAACGAAACUAACUUCUAGAACCCAACUAAAUAAACUACAUAGAAAAGAAAACAAAAGACAGCAGAUUAAACUAACUCCCUGAAGCAGGAGAAAAUAAGUAAUGCAAAACAAAAUGGCACUGACCUUCAUACUAAACCCAAGACAAAAGACAUGAAUUAAAAAUCAGUAUUUAUUAUGGGCAACUGAAGUAAACACUCACUUCUCUUUAUAUAAGGCCUCAGUCAUAGAUGUAAUCAAUGAGACAAAGGACAGAAGCUCUGCUUCAACAGUCUCAACACAACUGAGAGAAAGAUACACCAAAUCGCCAAACUUAGGCUUCUGAGGAUGAAACCUCAGCCGCCACCACCACCAACUGUUCUGAAGGUAUCUGUAGUUUAAAUGAUCUCGCUCCUCUCCCAUCACCCAAUCACAGCAGAGCUCUUAAUUAACCUCACAUGGAGAUACUGGUUCUGCGGGGAGAGCGAGAGAGAAAAUAAGGAACAGAAUUCACACAGCAAUGGAACCUACAGCUCUGGACAUAAAACAGUGUAUCAUGUCUGUUGGUUGAAUGCUGAUUAGUGAAUAGUGAUGUUCUUGCAUUCAUACUGAGGACCCACAUUGCAUUCAUAGUCAAUGGCACCUUAUGUUUACUUUUGAGCCGCCAGUCUGUAAGUGUGAAAAACAAAUAUAUUCUGGUUAGUUUAGUCCUGGCGAGGCUCAUAUUAAAGAGGCUCAGGGUAGCAGACAGGAAUGUCCACAGUCCCGCUUCCCAUGAGCUUUCUCUGGCAUUUUCAUCUCACUUCCCCUGUUUGUACACACAAACUGAGAGGACCGCUUUCAGCCUUUGGCUGAAGUCCCACUUACUUUUUAUGCAUGACAUAAAUGAAAAAAGAAUAUCUUUAUGAUGUUAUUGGAGAAAAUCCUGUAAUUUGUAACAAGUGGGAUUUUCUGUGAUAUUACAGUAAAUUUAUGCAUUUGGCCAAUGUUUUUAUGUAAUGAAACUUGUUGAAUUCAAGGUUUGGAUUUUUAUCUUUUCACGUGCUCCCUGGAAAUCAAAUCCAUGACUUUGGUCUUAGUAGCGACAUGCUCUUCUUUUGCUUUUGAAUUCAUGUCUUAGAUUAGUCUAUCGCUGUUUGUUGAUAAUGCAUAAAUCAAAAGUAAAAACAGAAAGUAAAAAAAAAAACUGACUCACCUUUGGUGUUGGGCAAAUUAAAAGCCAGUAGUUGUUGACAAGCAUAGAUCAAGGCAUGCUUCACUUGAUCUACAGUGCAUCUAUUUAUGUGCACUUUUUCAUUUAGCAAACACUUUUGUCCAAGGUGAUUUAUCUGUGUCAUUGCAUGCUGAAGAUAUUCUCUCAGGUCUGUAUGACUAUUUCAUUACGACUUUUUUAUAUUGAAUAGAUAUAAUUUUCUUUUAAAGCAUGGUUCUUCAUAACUGGUCUUGGAGGGCUGCUGCCCUGCAGAGUUUAACUCAAACCUUAAAAAUCAAACUCACCUACCUGUGAAUUUCUAGUGAUCCUGAAGACCUUGAUUAAAUUGCUCAUGUGUCAGAGCUAAAAUCUACAGGGCACUGGUUUGAGGAACUCUGUUUUAAUUCCUCACAUAACCAGCAAAGUUUAAGAACAAUGGAUGACUGACAGACAGAUAUGUGGUCCUCAGCAGGGCUCUAGAAAUUACAACUGAAAUGAUCACAGAUGUGAUAAAAAUAAAAGAAAAAUUGUGACAAUUUGAAAUCUGGUCACCUUUGUCUUUGUGGAAAACUUUGUAUGCAUCCAUUUUGUCUUGUGAUUCAUUGGUUAAGUACAUCUUCAGAGUGCAUGUCAGUAUUUUUUGCAUGCAACAGUGAAUUCAGCACAGGCCUUGAUGUCUGAUUCACAGAUAAACGGUUCUAACAAACCAGUUCUCAGUGAAAAAGCAUUUUAAAACUAUUCUCAGUCAUUUCUGAACAACGCUCGCUCUUUAUCAAAUGAUUCUGUAAUUUAUCAACAAAUAAGUCAUUUUGCUAAUUUGAUUCCUAAAUGUUUUCUUUUUUCUUUUUUUUUCUUGGAGUCCUGAAUCACAUUAUGCAUGGCUUCACAGAAAUAGUUGUGGAAUCAGUAGCUUGGGGGUGUAAGAUUCAUGAUAGAGCUAGACUUAACAGUAUCUAAAGUGGAAACCUGAAACACUGGCUCUGAGUGGAAAAAACUGCAGAAGGGCCAUGCAACCUGGACCAUGCAGAAGUGUGUUUGAGCCUGUAAAGCACUGUGUGCUGGAGAGAGCCACACCUCUCCAAAAACUGUCAUUACGGGACAGCAAGUUAAGACUUGAGGAUCCCAAAUAACAUUCCUUAAAGAAAAAUGGCAAAUUUUGUGCUGAAAUCGGCAAUGAUCUUGCAAUCUGUGUAGUGUUUUUCAGUACUGAAUGAAGCCUUGCUUCAAACAAGAGAUUUUUCUUUUCACAUCCUUUUUUAUAGAUUUGUGUGGGUGAACAUGCUCUCAUAUCAAGCUCUUGAGACACCUCCCAUAAUCCUGAUUCAUUCCUAUAGUAGUGUGAUUGUUGUGUAAUGGUGUUGGUUCCUCAGAGCGAGAGAAUCAGUGAUGUGUAAAGGUAUGUCCAGUCUAAUGUCUCCUCCGCUGUAGGGCUUCACAUCAAGCCUGGUAUAUCACUAUUGCAGUGCGAAGCACAAAGGCAUGACUGCACUCGCAGCAUUUCAUCCUGCUGUGGAAUGAAGCACGCCUGCUUCAACACGCCUCUAUUUCAGCUCUCUUCAGUGAAUGCACAGGGAGAAACAGGCUGUGGACACACCAUAGCAAAGACCCUCAAUGUCCCAGGAGUGUCCCAGAUCUGGGCCAGGGACGUCAGUUGGACCUUUCCAUCAGGGUUCUUCAGGGUUGAUCUCUGAAACCCUUUUACCCCUCUGAGUGUGUUUCCCUGUCAUGUCUGACAACGGAGAGCUGGAGGACAAACCCCCCGCCCCCCCAGUCAGAAUGAGCAGCAACUUCAGCACCGGUAUCAAGGACAGUAUGGCAGCAAACCCCAGUUCUAAACCCCUCCCCUCCGUCCCAGAGGAGAAGAGGGACAAACCACGCAACAAGAUCAUAUCCAUAUUCUCAGCAGAGAAAGGAAGAAAAAAAGACAAGGAUAAGGAGCGUCCAGAGAUUUCAAGCCCUUCAGACUUUGAGCACACCAUACACGUGGGCUUCGAUUCUGUCACGGGGGAGUUCACUGGCAUGCCAGAGCAGUGGGCUCGGCUGUUGCAGACCUCCAACAUCACGAAAUCUGAGCAGAAGAAAAACCCUCAGGCUGUCCUGGAUGUGCUCAAAUUCUACGACUCCACAGGCAACAGCAGGCAGAAAUACCUCAGCUUUACAGAUAAAGAUGCACCACCAGCAAAAAAAGGCUCAGAGCAGUCAGCAGUCAAGGAUCCUGAUGAUGAUGAUGAUGAUGAUGAAGCCCCACCUCCUGUUGUAGCACCACGUCCUCAGCAUACCAUAUCUGUAUACACUCGUUCUGUCAUCGAUCCCAUUCCGGCACCUGCUGCCAUUUCGGAGACAGAUGGUUGCAAAGCUGCAGAUAAACAGAAGAAGGGCAAGGGCAAGAUGACAGAUGAUGAGAUUAUGGAGAAACUUAGAACUAUUGUCAGUAUUGGAGACCCCAAGAAAAAAUACACCAGAUACGAAAAAAUUGGACAAGGUGCGUCUGGUACGGUGUACACAGCCAUCGACAUUGCUACUGGCCAAGAGGUUGCCAUCAAGCAGAUUAACCUACAGAAGCAGCCAAAGAAGGAGCUGAUCAUCAAUGAGAUCCUGGUGAUGAAGGAGAUGAAGAACCCAAACAUUGUCAACUUCUUAGACAGCUUCUUGGUUGGAGAUGAGCUCUUUGUGGUGAUGGAGUACCUUGCUGGAGGCUCUCUGACUGAUGUGGUUACAGAAACCUGCAUGGAUGAAGCACAAAUCGCUGCUGUCUGCAGAGAGUGUUUACAAGCUCUAGAGUUCCUGCAUUCAAACCAGGUCAUUCAUAGAGACAUCAAAAGUGACAAUGUUCUUUUAGGAAUGGAUGGAUCUGUCAAACUAACUGAUUUUGGGUUCUGUGCUCAAAUCACGCCUGAGCAAAGUAAGAGAAGCACCAUGGUAGGAACACCCUACUGGAUGGCCCCUGAGGUGGUCACACGUAAAGCAUAUGGGCCCAAAGUGGACAUAUGGUCCCUGGGUAUCAUGGCCAUUGAGAUGGUAGAGGGCGAACCUCCUUAUCUCAAUGAAAACCCUCUGAGGGCGCUGUACCUCAUCGCUACUAAUGGCACCCCAGAGCUGCAGAACCCAGAGAAGCUGUCACCCAUUUUUAGAGACUUCUUAAACCGCUGCCUCGAGAUGGAUGUGGAGAAGAGAGGUGGAGGAAAAGAACUCUUGCAGCAUCCUUUUCUCAAGCUGGCGAAGCCUCUCUCCAGCCUCACUCCCCUUAUACUUGCUGCCAAGGAGGCAAUGAAGAGUAACCGCUAGCCGUUUGUCACUAUGUGCCAAUGCCCAAAUUCCUUCUCACAAGCGAUUCCUGUGAUAAUCUCUAUCACUCCAGCAGAGUCUCCCUUCUAGUCCCGCAAAGGACUUUUGAAAUUCAGCCCUGAGGAUCCUAGUCAUCUCCACCCGGGCGACUAACUUGCACAAUCACCAUGUCUUGCCUCCUCACAUCAAACUCUCCUUUAAUGUGCCUUAAGGGGCUACAAAACCAGAGGAGCCACUGACUGUAGACCUCUCUUGUUUUCUACUGAUGUUUCUCAUUGUAUUUGUUUAAUGUAAACGGUUCAGACACCAUUGCAUUGGUCAGUGUGUACCUGACCAUUUCAAAUUUCUCUUGUAUUUUAAUUAGUUUUGAGUAUUGUUGAACUCUGGCCUAACAAAGUACUUUUUCCCUUUUUUACCUUCUAGAGAAGUAUUAUAAUACUUGAACUGUCCCAUCCUCUCUUAAUGACCUGUCACUUGUGCCUGCUACCUAUUUGCCUUCACUUGUCUCAACUAAAUGGAACAAUUUUGCUGUAUAAAAAAUUAAAUGAACCAUUUCUGUUUUUAAAUUUUUAUUGCAAAACCUAAAGUUUAUUAAAUCGUUUUGUAUAUUAUGUAUUUUGAUUAGCAUGCCGAAAUGGGGGGGGGUGGCAGGAAUCAGGACAUUUUUACAAGUUUUGUAUUUAUGUGUAUGUAUACAGUAUUUUAUAUUUUUUGUCAGACCUUAAUGCAUCUCCAGAGAUUGUCAUAGAAUAAUUGGAAUAAUUUGCUAUAUUCUUUGCAUGUUAAAUCUAACUGUUUUUUAACAUAACAUUUCAAUGAGAAACAUUUUCAGACGUUCCAACUGAGUAAAUACACUUCCUGUCUUUUUUCUGCUCGUUUCCUAUGAGAUACAAAGUUUUUAAUAAUGAAACAUCAUAAAAUCUAUCCUUUGUAAAUUAUUAUUAAAACAGACUUGGAGCAAA